AUGAACGGCUGGCUAGUCUUCAUCAUCAUCCUGCUGCUCCUCCUCUCCUUCUCCUACUUCGGAUGGUACUUCUACGCCCGAUGGAACGCCUCCCGCAAUGGCCUACCUCCACCCUCCAUGAACCCAAUGGUAGCCUUCAGCCGCUCCUCUGACGCUGGCGCAACCUCAAACUACCCUGGUCCCGCGCCCACCGGCAUCAAAGGCUGGUUCGACACCCAAGUGCGCAAGUUCAAAAACAGAAACAACCGGUACACAACGGGUAGCGGCUACGAAGAUGCCGGCUACAGCGGCGGGCGCGGCGUCGGCGGUGGCCGCGGCGCGGGAAGUCGUCUUGAUCCUGAUGAGGCGUGGAGUUCGCGCGUGGGCGACGAGGCAUACUAUGAAGAGCAGGAACUUGGGCUUCAUGAACCGGCGUCUACCCAUGGCGGGCAGACUGCGAAUCCGUAUGCGAAUCCUACGCCGUAUAACAAUGUCGAGCCAAGUCGCGGACGCAGCCGCACACGCGAUUCCUACGACGAACAUCUCGAUGCGCAGAGUGGGAGGAAUCCGUUUGGCGACGAUAAUGCGGCGAGUCUGAGGGGUGUGAGUCCCAGGCCGGUGCUCGAUGCGGAUACGAGUUAUCGGGGUGGUGCUACGGCCACCAUGCCCAGUGUAAGCAAGCACAAGAAAGCGGGCAGUGUGGAUAGUGUAGAGAACAGCCCGACGGAGAGUCGGAGGAGUGUGUUCAGGGAGGGGUUGUAA